AUGUUUACGCACAUAUACAAAGAUGAACUGAACAUUAUGCCUCCACUUACUUUGUUUUCGUGGAUAACAGGUACGGGCGUUGGUACUGUGCAGGCGCUGGACAUAUUCCCGUGCAACAGUGAGCCUUGUAUUAUCCGGCGUUGGCGAACAGUCACGUUUAGCAUAACGUUCACGACAGUUCUCUUUCCAUCAUUGAACAGCUGCAAACAUCGAUGCCGGCGCAGUCUGGGUUGGAGGCGGGUACGAUUCCAGGACCCUGAUGAUACCAUUACCGCAAAGUUCUGUGUGUCAGAAUUUGGCUCCACCCUGUCCCGUCCGAGAGGGAGUAAGCUACACGUACACUUACACAGGCGGGGUGCCAGGCCACAUUACACCAGUACGGGCAUUGGUAAUGUGCAGGCGCUGGACAUAUCCCCGUGCGACACUGAGCCUUGCAUUAUCCGGCGUUGGCGAACAACCACGUUUGGCAUCACGUUCACGACAGCUGCAAACAUCAACGCGGGCGCAGUCAGCGUUGGAGGCGGAUACAAUUCGAAGGCCAUGACGAUUUCCUUACCGCGGAGUUGUGUGUGUCGGAAUUUGACUCCACCUUGCCCCGUUCAAGCGGGAGUAAGCUACACAUACAGUUACACAGGCAUUGUGCACGGCUUUGUAACCCCU